CCAACCUCUCUCUAAACAUCCCAGAAACAUUUCCUCCUCCUUCUCUCUUCAUUUCUCAACCCCAAAUCAUCAACCCAUCUUCAACCAUAACUAAUCACUUUCUCAUCCAAGAUUAAGUCAAGAUUAGCAUCAAAGCUCCAAGGAUUGUCAUCAAUCACAAGUUUGAUCUUCCUUAUCUCAUUAAAUCUUGUACUUUAAUCAUGGAUUCAUCUAUUUCUAUGUUUCCCAACAUGUAUAGCUAAAUAAAUUUGGGGCUAGAAAUUGGUUAAUUAAUUGUUCUUAUAAUGUUUUAAUUUGUAUUGAUUUUAAUUGUUAAGUUUAUUCUAUUUAGAUUGUUGUGUCCAGAAACUUAAUUAUGUUGUGUUUAUGAUAUAUAUUAUGAGUACUCAAUCAUAAACAUAUUGUUUGUUAAAUACACAAAUGAACACUUUCUGAACACACCGUUAAACUUCUUUUACCUUGUCCCGGAUUGAAGUUUUACGGGAGAAUUUAAUUAUUUAAUUAUAUUAUUUACACCACGGGGUUGGGUAAAUAAUAUAGUUAAUAAUUAAGGUUGUCGUUGCACUUAAACAACUAGUCUCGUUUUGGCCAUCACUGGGAAAUGUUGACUAGUUACUUAUUUUAGGUGACUUGUGUUGGAUCCUAAAAUAUUUAUCUACAACUUCUCACAAUCUAUCUAAGAAUAAAAUUAGCAAUUAUGUCUUACAAAUGAGCAUUGAACAAUUAGUUGCCAAUUUCUACCCCUACUUGCUAUUGGUUGAACUUUGUGUUGAUAAAAAUCUCCUCUCAAUCACUUUUAUUUAAUUACUUUUCCAAGCAAACAAAAAUCAAAAGAAACGCACUCCCAACUUUAAUCCUUAGUUUGUGCUUAAUUAUUUUAUUUCCCGCUUCUCUGUGGUUCGACACCCUACUUCCUUGGGUAAAAAAAUAGUUGUGUGCCCAUUAUAUGCUACACACCACACAUCUUACGGGAUUGCGCCUUGGCUAAACAGGUGUGGCGGAGUAGGGGUUGGAUUUUUUUUUUUCAACUAGCAGUGGCUAGUUUUGGUGGUGGGCAAGCAAGGAGGCAGAAAGUGGAUCUAAGGAGGAGUUUGACCAGAUUAUUAUGGCUGCAUGGAGUUUGUGGAAAGCUCGGAACGAGAAGGUUUGGAAGAAAUUAAAUCCAAACUGGAAGGGAGUUAUCACUUAUGGCAACGCCAUGCUAGAGGGUUGGCGGGAUGCGCAGCAGUCCAAGAUCCAGGAUCGGACAAAGAAGGAGCAGAGAGGUAAAUGGCAGGCUACGGAUGUGAGUUCAGUGAAAAUAAAUGUUGAUGCUUCUGUACCCACCGAGGAAGAUACAAGAGGAUUGGGGAUGAUUGCUUGUGAUAGCCAUGACCAGUUUUUAGCAGGUAAGAGCAUAAGAAGAUGGGGACGUCUCUCACCUGGGACGACGGAGGCACUCGCAAUGGAGGAAGCGGUUCGAUGGGCUAGGGAGCGAGGAUGACAAAUGAUAAUUGUGGAAUCGGACGCUCAACACAUUGUGCAGGGACUUCACAAAGGGGAUGGUAUUCAUUAUAAUGAUAGUCCUUCCGUCCCUAAAUGUUUGUCACACUUUCCCGAAACGGAUGUCCCAAAAUGUUUGUCAUACUUUUUCAACUUUCUUAUUUGGUAAACAAAUCUAUACCAAACAGUGUCAAACAGUGCAAAACAGUGCCAAACAGUACCGCUACAGUGUGAAACAGUGUCGUUAUAAGUGUAGAGUCAAAUUCAUCUCCUUAAAACUUGUGAAGUCAAAGUGUGACAAACAUUUAGGGACAGAGGAGUAUUAUUUUUGAGUAUUAGACACAUGAUGACUGAGUUUGCUAAUAUAAGUGUCCAAUUUGUGCACCGUUCAGCGAACCAGGCUGUCCAUAUUCUUGCUAGGGAAGCCUGUUCUGGAAUUUUCGGUAUUUGGAUUGAUAAUCUACCUGAUUGUGUUGUACAUGUCUUAAGGCAUGAUAUGAAUUAAUGAAGUUAUUGGAUUUUCAAAAAAUAGAAUAAAAUAAAGGCUCAUAGAUAUUAAUAUAUAUUUUAUUUAAUAUAAAGGCUCAUAAAAUAAAAUAAAGGCUCAUAGGUAUAAUUUCCUUCAGCAGUAUUGGUAUUAUACAUUAUUUGUUUUCUUAUGUCACUUUCAUUAAUUUGUGUAUGGCCCUUGCCAUUUUAUAAAUUAGCUCUUAUACGACCCUUGGGUCACGACCGUUCAUGUAUAUGAAUUAAUGUUUUUUAUCCAUUCUUGCUUAGCUACUCUAAGACUCCUUGUUAUGAUUUUUUUAACAAAAUACACAUGUUUAGAGGUAUUUUAAUUUUUUUGUUUAAUUGAAACUUAUUUAUAUAAAUAUGACUACUAGUUACUGACUUACUUAUAAAAUCUUGUUUGGGUUUCAUGUGUUUAUUGAUUGAUUGAUUAGUCAAUAAUGAAGGUCGGUCUGAGGUUCUCCUUGCACGGACUAUGUUUGCAUUAUUAUGGUAAGUCUAAUGAUCUGGUAGGAAGUAAUAGAAUUAUUAUAGGCUCAGUAUUGUACUUUACAUUAAACUCUCUCUAAUAUAAAUAUAUCUGCCAGGGCUCCUCAGGGAGUAACCUUUUCCAUUAUUUCACAUGGUAUCAGAGACCUAAAUUUUUCCUCUCCCUCUUCUUCCUUCAUCGCUGACAUUCCCGGUGCCUACUCAAUGUUUCGGACUCUUCAUCCGGGAUUUCCGUGGCAGCCAUCUGCCAUGCCAGCGGCCCCAGGCCUCUACACGCCACCCUUCUCGGCUGGAUCAUCGUUUGCCGGUCCCACUUUUGUUGGCUCACCUAGUGUCUCCUCUGUCAUCCCUCCCUCUCGCACACCAGCAGCCAUCCCGACUGGCUCACUCCUCACAGAUCUCGCCCAGAGUAUCUCACAUGUGGCAACUAAUGUCACAAAUAUUGUAACUACCAAAUUAUUAGCAGUGGAAGACUACACUACCUGGCGUACACAGUUCGAAUCGUUUUUGGUGUCCCAAGCUCUCCUUGGCAUGGUUGAUGGCUCCAUUCAGGUACCCCCUGCUUAUUCCAUAGAUGCUCUUAACCGUCAAACUCACAAUCCCGAAUUUUCUACUUGGUUAAGAAUUGAUCAAACCAUCUUUUCAUGGUUAUUUGCAACCCUAUCUAGGGAUGUUCUUAUCGAUGUACGUGAUUUAAAACAUUCAUAUGAAAUUUGGGAGCGGUUGGAGUCUCGGUUUAUGUCUGCUAGUUUAGCGAGAUCUAUGGAAUUAAAGCGUUUAUUUAAUCAAAUUAAAAAGAAACCUGAUCAGUCCAUGGAUAAUUAUUUGCGAGAAAUUAAAACAUUAGCUGAUGAUCUUGCCACAAUCAAUUGCCCUGUGCCUCAGCGUGAAAUUUUAAAAACUACUAUUAUGGGUCUAGGACCUGAGUAUGAAUCUUUAUACACUGUUGUGUCCUUAUUUGGACAAAAUUUCCCGUUUGAGACUCUCCGUAAUCAUCUUCUUGAGUUAGAGCAGCGGGUCCUUUAUCUCCGCUCCCAGGAGUCCCAGUCCAUUCAUCAGGCGUUUGGCGCGGCUGUUUCAUAUCCCAGGCAGUCGUCUGGGCAUCAGCCAACCCAGCAGAAUUCAGGAUCCACUCACCCGGUCGGGCAACAGACUUACCCGGUCGGGCAGGCUCGGCAGAACGGCGCUCCACAACGCGGACGAGGACGUGGGCGCGGCAGAGGCCGCGGAGGCAGGGGGCGUGGCCGAGGACAGCAGCAGCAGGCAUAUUGGUUCCCCCAGGGGCAUCAUGUUUAUUACCCCGGAGGGGGUGGGCAGCCGAGUACUCCUGCAGGGGGUGUGACAUCUACAGGCUUGCCAUCAGACGGAGGUAUUCUCGGAUCUGUUCCCCAUCCUGUUGUCUGUCAAAUUUUUUUUUCUGCAGGUCAUUCUGCCAUUAACUGUCCUUCCCGUUUCACACAACCGACGUCUCCUGCUCUGUUGACCACUCCCGGUGACACUACUCCUGCUCUAUGGUUUCCUGAUUCAGGAGCUUCUGCUCAUAUGACUGCAUCUGAAGGACAAAGCAACGGGGGCAAUACUUCUGCGAGCUACUAGUAGUGGACCACUUUAUCCUCUCCAUCUGCCGUCUGCAUCACCAUUAGUUUUUGCUUCCGUUUUAGCUUCUGGCCCUGUGUGGCACCGUAGAUUAGGUCACUGUGGUGAUAGUACUUUACAGUUUCUUAAGAGAAAACAAUUUUU